AUGGCCACCGCCGCCGCCGCCACCUUCCUCUCCGCGCCUCGCAGCGACCGCCAUGGCGCGCGGCGCGUCGCCGUCGCCUGCUCGGUGCCGCUGAAGCGGGUGGCGCCCGAGUCGCUGCAGGCCGCAAGCGGGUCCCUCGUGGGCGUGCCGAGCCGCGGGACUGGGGACCUGGGCGGGCCCGGCGCCAUGGAGUACCUGACGGCCGUGCUGGCCUCCAAGGUGUACGACGUGGCCGUCGAGACGCCGCUGGAGCGCGCCGGCAAGCUCUCGGAGCGCCUCGGGGUCGACCUCCGCAUCAAGCGCGAGGACCUGCAGCCGGUAUUUUCAUUCAAGUUGAGAGGUGCAUAUAAUAUGAUGUCAAAGCUCUCCCAAGAGCAGUUAAACAAUGGCGUUAUCUGCUCCUCUGCUGGAAACCAUGCUCAAGGAGUUGCUCUUUCUGCUCGAAAACUGGGCUGUGAUGCCAUUAUUGUCAUGCCUGUGACAACACCAGAAAUCAAGUGGCGAUCAGUGGAGAGAUUGGGUGCGACAGUCAUUCUCAAAGGAGACUCGUACGAUGAAGCUCAAUCAUAUGCAAAACUACGCUGUCAAGAGGAAGGCCGCACAUUCAUACCUCCUUUUGACCAUCCCGAUAUUAUUGCUGGACAAGGAACUGUUGGCAUGGAAAUUGUUCACCAAUUGCAAGGUCCAUUACAUGCAAUAUUUGUACCUGUGGGAGGUGGUGGGUUAAUUGCUGGAAUUGCUGCCUAUGUAAAACGGGUCCGCCCUGAGGUCAAAAUAAUUGGAGUGGAGCCCUCAGAUGCAAAUGCCAUGGCAUUGUCCUUGUGUCAUGGCCAGAGGGUCAUGUUAAAACAUGCUGGAGGGUUUGCUAAUGGUGUAGCUGUCAAAGUUGUAGGCAAGGAGACAUUUCGCCUGUGUCAAAAUUUCGUAGAUGGCAUUGUCCUGGUCAGCCAAGAUGCUAUUUGUGCUUCAAUAAAGGAUAUGUUUGAGGAGAACAGGAAUAUCCCUGAACCUUCUGGGGCCCUUGCCUUGGCUGGGGCUGAAGCUUACUGCAAAUACUAUGGUUUGAAAGGGGAAACUGUGGUUGCAAUAAGUAGCGGUGCAAAUAUGAACUUUGAUACACUUAGAUUAGUAGCUGAGCUUCCUGAUGUUGGUCGAAAACCAGAAGCGGUAUUAGCUACAUUUUUGCCGGAGGAGCAGGGAAGCUUCAAAAAGUUUGCAGAACUGUUUGGCCGGAUGAAUAUUACCGGAUUCAAACACAUAUGUGAUUCUCAUGGAAAAGAAGCCCUUGUUCUACACAGCGGAAGUGAUAACGUCGGAGAUGAACGGGCAAAGGCUAAACUUGUAGCAGCUGGAGCCGAUGGCCUGGAAUGUGAGGAUAGCUAUAGACCCUACAGAGAGGGGGGAAAGCUGCUGGCGUGGCUGGGCAUCUGCAUGGGCACCACCACCGGGAUCUUCAACCUCAUGACGGCGGGGCUCGGCCUGUACGUGAAAGCGCAGCACCCAAGUGCGCACCCGCUGGUGGUCGCAUGCUGGGAGGCCUUGCCGCUCACCAUGGUUCGUGUCGUCCUCGUGUCCAGCCUCGGCGCCACGCUCGCUCUCGUCAUCCUGCUCAUGUAUGCAAGCAUGAAGAUGACCUUGCAGGGGGGUUCCCCGUCUGGCUCGGCCUAG